AGUUACCGUUGGCAGCCAAAGUGUGAUAGAAACCAAAACGCAGAAAAAAGUGUUCCCUUUGACAAAAACCAAAAAAUUUGAAAGCAUGGCUCGCAAAGAAAGCGAGGGUUCUUUCGACGACGACUCCUCCUUCCACGAGGACCCGAUCCCGGGUCUCAUCACGGGCCACGACGACAACUGCUACGAAAUCAACCUCGUCACUGCGGGUGGUCGCACGAUUGCCAAACGCGACGACGACGACGACGACGGAGAAGAAGACGAAGACGGAGAAGAAGACUGUGUCAAUUUCUCGACGUGCGACCUAUUGGACAUGUCGUCGUUGUGGGACGAGUUGGAGGCAUUGGGCGUGAGGACUGCGGACAUUGACGAGUUUAUGUGUCGGUUCGGGGCGUGCGAGUCGUCGGACUCUGGCGUGGAGUCGGAUUGUUACGUGGCGUGUUAUGGGGAUGAUGACGGCGGAUUGCCCGAGAGGAAGGAGUUGUACGAGGCGUUGAAGAGAGGCAGGCUGGUGAUGGUUGGCAAGAAUAAUAAUAACAACAACAACAACGGCAAGGACCCGAGUUUGUUGGCGUUUAUUGAGGCCAAAGUGAGGAGGAUUCGGGCCUGGAGGGCUUCCUUGAGAAAAGUUGAUGAUGUGGGAACUCCGGAUUCUGGAAUCGGAGAUGGGAUUUUCGUCAGCGCGGAGGAGAAAGCACUUGAUGAUGUGGGAACUCCGGAUUCUGGAAUCGGAGAUGGGAUUUUCGUCAGCGCGGAGGAGAAAGCACGUCAGCAUGAAGAGUGGAAACAGGAGUUGAUCAAAACCGAAGAGGAAAUUCAGACUUUGAGACAAGUACUUAAUGCGAAAUUGCGUCACGCGGCGGAUCUCAAGCGCAAAUUGGGGAUCACUGCUUGGAAGGAAUUUGCUGACGACAUGAACAAGGGGAUUGUCAGUGUCAAGGAAUCCCAAGCAGUGAUGGGGGCGAAAGAGAAGAUCGGCGGAGUUAUCGACACCGAAGAGGAAAUUCAGACUUUGAGACAAGUACUUAAUGCGAAAUUGCGUCACGCGGCGGAUCUCAAGCGCAAAUUGGGGAUCACUGCUUGGAAGGAAUUUGCUGACGACAUGAACAAGGGGAUUGUCAGUGUCAAGGAAUCCCAAGCAGUGAUGGGGGCGAAAGAGAAGAUCGGCGGAGUUAUCGACGUUAUAAACCAGUCUCAGUUGUGA